AAUCGGCUAUUACGCAGCAUGCUUCUCGGCUCUUCUUCUCUUCCCCGUUUAUAAAUACCAACAUGGCGCCCUCUCCAUUUUCACGAGAAAGAUGGCCACCACUGGAAUAGGAAUAAUGCACACUCCGCAACUGCUCCUUCUGCUGCUGCUAUUGGCGGCGAUCUCUUGCUUGGACUUGGACUGCCGCCUCGCCGCGGCCACAGAUGCUCCUUUCUCAGGCAGCGGCGAGAACAAGGGCUUGUUCUUCCCGCCGAUCCCGCUGGUGCCGGAGCCGCCAAACAUCGGCGGCGUCCCGAUCCCUCCGAACCCGGUGACGCCGGCUCCGCCGCCACUCGUCCCGCCGGUGUUCCCGGCCCCGUCCCCGCCGUCCAUCCUGCCGCCGCUUGUCCCACAGCCGCCGCCGCCUGCGUCGCUGCUGCCGCCGGUACUGCCGCUGCCGCUGCUCAACCCACCGCCUCCGCCGCCACCUCCGCCGUCCAUUCUGCCGCCGGUUCCCCUCAUCCCUCCGACGCCGUUGAUCCCCGGUGUGCCGCCGGCAGCUUCUUCUUCUUCGACUCCGACGAUGAACGGCCGAUCGGAGGCACCUUGAGAAGGAGGAAGACGGCUUUAGAGUUCGAUUCGUGUCUUAUUGGGCCUCAAAGGGCCCGUGAACUAGACUGAACAGCUCGGCCCAUGUUUUUCAUUUGCUGUUAGCCUGUUACUAUCUCUCGUCACGGGUCACGAGAUCUAGUAUAUCUCUUCUGUAUGUGACAACGAAGGGGCAGAACCUGCCAAAGCAUCUCCAUCCCCCCCGCUCGAAAGCUCCAAUCUCCCCAUUCACGCUUCGUUUGGCAGCUUAUUUCAGGGCGCCUCCUUCUCUCGGCCACACGUUCUCUUCAAUAAUUGUUUUGUAUUUGUCCCCAGGAGCCACAUGAGUAUAAGUUUAUAGGUGAUAGGAUGUUUGUUUGCUACUCCCUUCUUUCGACACAAAAUUUUGUUCUCAAUCAUACCACUUCACCGAACAUUUAUCGUUCUUCAAAUCUUUUGUUUACAA